AUGGCUUCACCAGAAACGCACCCCGUCGAGUUACCCCCAGCUGAACAUCUCAAUAAUGGUCAGGGAUACCCCCGAAUCACCAAAUCCAGCCCAGUCCGUGACCUAGGCCCCGGUGCACUGGGCUGCGAGCGCUGCAUUACACAACGAGCUCCACAUGUGCUGACUGCUUUCUUCGGAUUGAAUCAGCAUACCAUGAAAGCAAGCUUCAUCACAGACUAUAAUGAUACACCGGACGUUUGUGCCCUUCCCUUCGCCUGGAUGCCGUUUGAAGUCAUUCUAGAUGCUUACCUUCAGAUGAUUGACGAGGGGAAAGUCGAGGCGGUUACGGAUGAUACAGCAUAUAACCUCCUGGACGAACUUGACGGUGAAUGGCUUGACAGACCUUGGUUGAUUCAUCAGUACACUGCCGCAGAUGUAGCAAGGGCUGUGGCUGCCUUCAAGCAUCUUGUCAUUGCAAUCCAUGCGCGGAUGCCAGAAAACGACAGCAAGGACAACGAUUCUACUGACUGGAUGGACUUACCAUGGCUUGACCCUGCCACAUUCACGCAGCAGAACGUCCUCCCGCCUUCAACAUUCGCACACGAGUUCCUGACGGCCAUCGCCCACAUCAAGGUCCGGUUCCGCUAUGUCGCGCCUGGGCUCCGGUUCCCUACUGUAUCCGAGUUCCUCGACCAGCCCAUCACGGACUUCAAGACGCCCCCCCGCAACGACGUCGGGCAGUUUCCCGGAGACUACCCGCUGAAGAUCUUCCAGGUCGUCUGCGACCAGCCAGUCCCCGAUCCGUAUAUACCGCGUCGGACUGAGCUGGUCUUGCCUGCCGGCUUCUACAUCUACCCAGUCGUCCAGGAACCACCGCUAUGCUACAGCAACGGAUGCCACCUCGCACUGCCCUUCGUGGUCGGAAAGAAAGGGUACGCGCGGAAAUCAAACGGGGAACCCUUCGGAAGGCACAACAUGGACUGGGAACCCAAGCCUCGCAAUGAACAUGCGGCACUUUAUCAGCCUGGGCUCGUUGAUGGGUUUAGUGAGCGCCAUGAUGUGCAGAUCGACAAGGUGUUAAGGAACUGGGCGGAGCGGGUGGAGAGGGGGGGUUGGGAUGUUGAUCGGGAUGGAGUUGUGGGUGGCAUUGAGAAGUUCAGGGAGGCGGAUACGGAGGAGCAUUGGGAGAAGUAG